UAGGGAUAGUAUUUUCAAUUAUUGUUUAAUUAAAAUACGUAAACAAUAUAUUUGAAUUAUUUUCGUUUGAGAAAGUAUAAAAAGUGUUUGUGUGCUAUACAAGAUUAUUAAAGUGCAACUUUUUAGUUAGAAAUUUAAUCUUUCAAGCGUUCAAAGUUGUUCAAGUAUUGAAUAUCACUCAGGAAUUUCAAAGGAGUGGUUGUCAAUGUGAGUGGUAGAUAGUGACCAGCUGUCCAACAUGGGCGGCGGGGCCAUUGCUGUGGGCGAGCGCGGCAGCUUCCUACAGGAGGACAGGACCUCGCAUACCAGACAGACCCCCCGACAAAUGAACGGGGGGUUGCUGUUGGUGACAUCACUUGCGGCGGGGGCGACGGCUGGCGCGGUCGCAAAGACCGUGAUCGCGCCAUUAGACCGCGCCAAGAUCAGGUUCCAGACCAGUGACAUCCCGUACUCAACCCGAGCGGCGGUACAGUUCCUGGUGACAAGUGCGAGGACGGAGGGUGUCAUGGCACUAUGGCGUGGCAACAGUGCCACCAUGGCGAGGAUAGUGCCAUACGCGGCCAUACAAUUCGCCGCUCACGAGCAGUGGAAGAAGGUGUUCGGAGUUGAUUCCCCGCAGGCUGCCAAGGAGCACCCCAUCCGGUUUCUGAUCGUGGGUUCCCUGGCGGGGGUGACGUCUCAAAGUGCCACAUACCCGCUGGACCUGGCGCGGGCGCGCAUGGCUGUCUCCCCCAAGAGUGAAUAUGGCUCCCUCAGGGUUGUUUUCAUUAAGGUCGCAAGGGACGAAGGUAUAAGGACAUUGUAUAGAGGCUACCCGGCGACCAUACUGGGUGUGAUACCAUACGCCGGUGUAUCUUUCUUCACAUACGACCUGCUGAAGAGGUGGUACACUGAGUACUUCGGCAGCCCAGCAGUGGGCCUGACCAACAUAUUGCUGGGCGGGUGCGCGGGUGCGCUGGCGCAGACCGCCUCCUACCCGCUGGACAUAGUGCGCAGACGCAUGCAGACUGCGCGCCGCAACGCUGAUAGUAGUUACCCUUGUCCUAACAUGGCGCAGACAUUGGCUCACAUAUACAGGGUGGAGGGAUGGCGAGGGUUCUUCAAGGGUCUGAGCAUGAACUGGGUGAAGGGCCCCAUUGCGGUGGGCGUCUCCUUCGCCACAUACGACUUCACCAGAACACUUCUGCGCAACUUCACAUUCAAUGUAAACAGUUCCUGAACUCUACCAGUUAAAUUACUGGAUUCACUUCAAGUGGACGCCGUCUACUUUAUAUCUACUGACUCUGAGUGGACGCGGUUGCCUCUAAAUGGACGCUGUUGCCUCUAAAUGGACGCGGUUGCCUCUAAAUGGACGCGGUUGCCUCUAAAUGGACGCUGUUGCCUCUAAAUGGACGCGGUUGCCUUAAAACGGAUGCGGUCGUUUACAAAUGCUAGGUUUGCCUUUAAAUAGACAAAGUUACCUUUUAUUGGACGCGUUGUCUCCAAAUGGACGCCGUUAUAUAAUUAGAGUUAACUUUAAAUGGACGCAGUUUGAAAUAAAAGUGAUAUAAAUGAGUGUUUUUGACUGUUUUAAAGAUUUGGAG